AUGCCGCCAAAAUCACAGCCGGCGCGACGUCAGACCUCGUCGCAAAACGAGCAUGUCUACGCGCUGGGUAAAGCUGGAAGGAGAACGGGUGUCACCGUACCCGAGAACGAUAAACGCGACGAGCAUGGCUUCGAGGACAUGAGCCAACUGUUCUCUUCACCCGUGAAGGAGACAAAUGGCGACGCUGCCACCUCAGACGGAGAGGACAUGGAGAUAGACGAUGGCUCCGAGAUGGGUCCGGCUACAACCCGAAAGCUUCAGCGUCAAGGCCAAGGUCGACCGUCCAUACCACGUGCUCGAUCGCCAAUCAAGACACAUCUACAAUCUCCCGCAAGACAAAACCCACACCUGGUGCCGGGAUCUUCACCUGUCCGCGGUUCUAUCGUCACCUCGCGCGACCGCAGUCCGAAGCAGGGCGUCGCCCGCAAAUUGAACUUCUCAAUGAGCCAGAAUUUGACCAAUGGCCACUCCAAGGCGAACGCCACGAAAAAAAGCAACGGAAAGCUCCCAAACGGUCAUGCCCCUUCUGACGAUUCCGAAGAAGAGGCCAGUCUACACGGCGAGUCAGAGCUGCCAGAACUGGAAGACGUCGAAGAUGACGAUGAGGAGCCUCUCGACAUGUUGGACGCCGCCGGUGAGGAUGGAGGGGCUGUGGAAGACGACGAGCCUGAGCAGCAACAGGAAGAGGACGAGGACCAGGACGUAUCACCCAUAGUACAGCAUGCCAAGGAACCGAAACGUAGAGGUCGCAAACCCAAAGCAGCUGCUCCGGUUGAAGAUGCCGAACAGGAAGAAGUAUCGAUUGUCGAGGAUGUGUCUGCGCCUGCUGAGGAUACCCAAGAAGAGCCAGUUAAGAAAAGGCGAGGGCGCCCGAAGGCAUCGCCGAAGCAGGAAGUGGAAGAGCCAUCACCACCCAAGGAGCCAACGCCGCCCGCCAAAACAUCAAAGAAACGUGGAAGGCCUGCACGAACUUCUAUCGACAAUGCCGAAGUUGACGAAAACAAUCCCGAGUCGAGAGAGACAAAGCGCCCACGACCUGAGGAGAAAGCAGACAAGAACACCUUGUCGAAACCGACCGCGACAAAGGAAAAGGGCAAACCUGGUCGCAAACGAAAAUCUUCUGGUAUAGGUGUGGACUCACCCGUUGUGCGACAGGGUCCUCCUCUUCCAAGAGGUCCUGGACUUGUAACGAUGCGACGCGAAGGACCAGGCGAUAUGAGGACCACACGCUCCGGUCGGGCCUCGUUUAAGCCACUGGAGUUCUGGAAAAACGAACAUGUACUGUAUGACGACGAGGAGGUCUACGAAGACAAAGGCGGGCGGGUUUUCAAGAUGGCGGCGGUCAAGGGUGUUGUACGUGCCGAGCCUGUCUACGAGAGAAAGCCCAAGCGACGCGGUCGACCGAAAGCCAAGGCGGGACGUCGGUCCCGUAGCUCAAUCAUACCGGAAGAAGAGGUCGAGCGUGAAGAGUGGGAAGAGGACCCAGGUCGUAUAGGAGGGGAGUGCAUCAUGUGGCAGCCGGGCUACGAGAACGAGCCGCCGCAGGAUGAAGACCAGGUUGACGUGGUCGAGGAAGAGCUCGCCAUUUCCAAGUACGCGAUCCAGUUGAAGGACAUCAAGGACGCCACUUUCAAAUUCGCGAAGACGCUCACGCUCCCGUUCUUUGGCGCUGGCAUAGUAGACCUGCCGCCCGGUGCCGAGAAGAGACCUAAGAAUUCCAGGAAGAUGCAGAUGGUCUUCUUCGUGCACACCGGGUGUGUCGAGGUUACGGUGGCCCAGACCACCUUUAAGAUUGCCGAGGGCGGCCAGUGGUUUGUCCCGAGAGGAAAUCACUAUAGCAUAGCGAACCUAUCCGACAAACCGGCACGCGUCUUCUUCUCGCAGGGAUGCGAAUUGACGCCCCAGAUGCAGCAAUCAUAG